AUGGGCUCCUCCCAAUCCCAACCCUCUCGAACAUCCCCCCCCCACCUUCCCGCUCCUCCCCGACGCCGCCCCAACAACCCCCUAUCCUCUAUCCGCCGCCUCUCGACCCUCGGCAGACGGGGCGCCUCCCCCGUCGCUUCCACCAGCACUUCCCAUGGCGAACCCAUGCAAGUCGAGCGCACAACCAGCAGCGGCGGUGGCAAGCGCUCAAGGCAAGGGAGUACUGCAGAAGGGCAUACCAAUGAGACGGAGAGGAAGAAGGCGAGGGUGGGCGAAGCUGAGGCGGGGUCAAGCGAGGACGUAUCCAUGGCCGACGCGAACGAGUACAGCACCCCCCAGCCUGCCGAACCUUAUUCACAACCUGGCCUUGCACCACCCCUCUCCACUGCCGGUGGUGCCCCCAUGUCCCCUACGGGCAGCCACGACUCUCUUACAGAAGAACGUAUGUCGACGAUAGACACCAUCCGCUCUACCCUUGGGCCGGACUGGCCGUUGCCCGAUACACCCUCAGCAGCCGAGGUCGAGCGUCUCACUCGUCGUCAAUUGGCCAACAGGACCGAACAACCUUCUUCCUUCUCCUCCGGCCCCUCCCAUCCCCCUCCUACCGGGUCAUCUUCAAGCGGCGGCGAGUCCGUACUCCGAACACACGACAGCACAGAUCCCCACGUCGCCGAAGCCCGAGCCUCCCUCCAACGGGCUACCGCCCAAGCCCAGCUGCUUGCCGACCGCAUCGCCACCCUCUCCCAACAAUUCAACCGUAUCCCAUCCCCAUCGUCAUCCCGCCCUUCCUCUUCAUCUUCCCGUCCGUCCUCGCUUUCGCAGGCUCCGACGCCGGAUCAAGGUCCAGCGCCGGCGCCGGCGGUGGGCAGUUCGAGGGAAGGGAUGAUGCGUCAUCUGCAUCGACGGCUUAAUGAUGCGCAAAGUCAGUUGAGGGAUACGGAGCGUCAGCUGGACGCGACGAGGGAGAGGCUGGAUACGGGAGGAGCGAGGAGACGCAGAGUGCCGACUGGUGCGGUACUCGUCAUCCAAGGUCUCGCUCAAACCCAAGGUGUCGGGGAAGACGCACCCGGAUCAGGAAAUGAAGAUGUCGAAGAUGAUUUCUUGAGGGAUACUGCUAUGGAUGAAGAUACCCCGGAACAGGCAAGACCGAGGGAGAGAAGAGCAUCCGAAGGCGAUUCUCGUCGACCGUCAGGUUCUCGAGAAGAGCGACAAGACGCGUCUCUCGAAUCACAAGCUCGCAUGAUCGGUGGUCUUCUCACUGUCGCAGCAGCAGCCACAGCCACAACCCUCCUCGCCCCAGGCGGUAACCGCCCCAGCCUCGCCUCCGCCCUCGCCCCACCCCGCCCUUCCCCUUCGUCCACCCUCGAAUCAUUACUAAACCGGAUCCGACCCAAUCGACAGGAAGCUGCGGAAAGGCAGGAGGUAGAGGAGAGGGAGAGGGAGAGGGCCCAGAGUCAGGAAGCUAGUUUGGGGACGUAUUUGAGGAAUGUCUUGCGGGAUAAUCGUGUUGGGUCGAUUUCUUCGUCAUCUUCACCGUCCACGACUGCGACGUCACCCAACCCUCCAACGCAGGCCUCAGAGCCUACUUCGACAUCAGAAAGCACUGCAAGUACACACGAGUCUGCGGAAGAAGCAGAAGAGGCCAUCUCCUCCGGCUUUCAGCGGUUCUUGGAGGAUCUGCAGGUGGAUCUUGCUGUGGCGGUCAGAGAAUUUGCGGGACCUUUACCGGCGGCACCGAAUGUUGAAGCAAGUGAGGGGACGGGGCCACAAGAUACGGCGGAGGCGAGUAUGGACAUUGACCAAGAGCCCGUCCACGACACCAGUUCUACCCCUCCAAACCCCACCUCCCCACCACCGCCCCCCUCCUCCGAACCCCCCAUCCCCUCAUUCCACCCCCAACUCGCCCAAAACCAGCCUCCCACUUCUUCUUCUUCUUCCUCCUCAACCCGACCCACGGCACCUACGGUGCCUACGGCGCCCCAAGCGGUGACGGGCGGCUACGAUGGUGUUCCUCGGAGGAUGAACUUUUUCAGGGCACACAUGUUUCCUGCUAUUGAUGCGUAUACUGCUAGGGCUGUUGAGGGGCCUUUAAGGGGUGGGGCUGGUGCCCAGCCCAGCGGGCAGGGCGAGCAGAGUCCUUCUAGUGCUGCUUCUCCCAAUAACCCCCAGAAUGCGUCAUCUGAAGGUCAGGCAGAGUCUUUGAGCAAUGCGAAUGCUCAAGAACCUGCGCAACCCCAACCCGAACCGCUUAUCCCCACGAUAUUCAUCGGCGUCCGCAACAUCCGUCACGACGCAUCCAUGUCCACCGAAGACCUCGUCUCCCACCCAAAUUUUCCAUUCGUGAACGGCGAAGUACCCGCAAGAGACGUCUCUGCCGAGGCUGGGUCUAUUUUACGUGAAGGAGAAGGAGGGUCGGUUGGGGAAGAAACGGUACACGCGGCUGAAGAAGAAGGGGAAGAAGAUGGGAGUGUUGGGGGGAGAGAUGAGGGAAGACGGACGAGAGCAAGCUCAGCCCCGCCGGCACGUCAAUCCCUCCGCGAACGUAUCUUCUCCCACCUCCGUCGACCCCAUAUCAUUCCCGUCUCCUCUUCUGCCUCCCCCAACACCUCCCAUUCAACAUCGAAUACCCCAGCGACGAUCAACACUUACCUGAUCUACAUUAUCGGCGCCAAUUAUCCCCCUGCGCAUCCUAUUCUUCGUAUGCCGUCCCUGGUACAUGGGGGGGAGAUGAGUGAUGAAGAGUUGAGGCUUGUGGGCGAGAUUCUGGGUCCGGUGAAAGCGCCGACUGUUGCAAAGGGCGAUAUUGAGAAGAGUGGAUUACGUGUCGUAAAGGGCGGGGACAUGAAGAAAGAAGCCGAAGAAGGGCGAGUUUUGGAGAGCUGUGCCGAAAGAUGUCUGGUAUGUUUGUCGGACUACGAACCGGAAGAAGAUUGUCGUAUCCUCGCGUGCAGACAUGCGUUCCAUCAAGAUUGUGUGGAUCACUGGUUGACCCAGGGGAGGAACUCGUGUCCUGCUUGUCGAGCUGAAGCUGUCGAGACGAAGCCCUCGUGGAGCGCUCAGGAGGCUACUGCACCGCAAGCUCCAGAAGUCCCGCUGGCGGCGGCGGCGGGGACGAGUGCUUCGACGACGACGACCAGUACGCUGGAUGAGCUGGAUUGA